ACAACGGCAUUGCUAGUCGGAAGUACGUCAUACAUAAGUGGUUCAAGGGUCGAAGCUAUUGUAUUUCCGUUGUUUACAUGUGGAACAAGUGGUCUACGCGGCAUUAGUUAGGAAAGUCUUUGUGCCAUUGGGUUAGAAGUUAAUCACCACGUCCCUUCCAGAAAUGGAUCAAUAUUCAGAUGUCCAGGUUUACUUCACAGCCAAGGAAUGGGCAAAGAUCAGCGUUUAUGAGAGAACAUGUAUCAAGAAUGUCAAAGAAAACUAUGAGAUGAUGAUAAAUCUUGGAUUACAGGUAAAUCAACCAAAGUUCAUGCAACGUGUGCAAGUUAUAAAGGAAGAAAUCAAAGAGGAAAGUGAUGGAGGGGAGCAGGAAAUAAAGUCAAGAGGAUUAAAGGUAAAUCAACCAAAGUUCAUGCAACAUGUGCAAGUUAUAAAGGAAGAGAUCAAAGAGGAAAAUGAUGGAGGGGAGGAGGAAAUAAAAUCAAGAGGAUUACAGGUAAAUCAACCAAAGUUCAUGCAACGUGUGCAAGUUAUAAAGGAAGAGAUCAAAGAGGAAAAUGAUGGAGGGGAGGAGGACAUAAAGUCAAGAGGAUUAGAUGUCUGUCCAUCAGAGCUUUUGCAGCCUCAGCCUAGUGAAAAGAAACCGAUCCUAAAGGACUUGGGAAACUGUGAUCUCCUUGAAUCAACAGACUUUGAUAAAUCCAUCCCAUUACAAACCAAUCCAACAUCAUCAGGUGAUCAGGGUAAUCAAUCAGGUGAUCUCAACACCCAGUCAUGUGAUCAGAAGACCAAACUAACAGAGGGAGCUCAAGGAACUGACCAAGCCCCCAAGCAAUCCCGGCCAACUUCUUUGGAAGACAAUGGACAAGGAACUGGACAGGGUGGAAAUCGUCCAGGUUCUGGAAUCUGCAGAUGCAAGUACUGUGGAUCACCCUAUGCUAUUCCUCUUAUCUUAGCAAGGCAUCUCAAGUACAAACAUGGUCAUAAUGGUGGUAUUCUGGUACCAGAUUCAUCCCAUUCACAUUUUCUGCAGAUGAUCAGUGGAGAAAUACAAAACCCUCUUGAUAAACCCAAAGAGCCUUCACAUGAUGAAACAGGAAGUGCAAAAAUAGGAAGGAAGACUAAAUAUGUAAUAUAUCGUAGGAAAUCGAGUGAAAAGCAAAAUAAGAAUUCUUACUUCUCCAGACAAUGUGAGAAGGUAAUUAAUCAUCAAGUUGGGGAUGCCGCAGCAGGUGAAAGAAUUCAUACAGGUGGUCACCACUAUGUUUGUUAUUAUUGUGACAAAGCAUUCUAUGAAGCAAGUGCUCUCAAAGCCCAUGCACAAAUCCAUUUUGAAGUGUAUGUAUGUGAUUAUUGUGAUAAGACUUUCAACUUUGCUUCGGAUCUUAAAGCACAUGAAAGAAUUCAUACAGGUGAGAAACCCUAUGUAUGUGAUUAUUGUGGUAAGGCAUUUAUUCUACCAGGUCUUCUCCGCGCACAUAAACUUCACCAUACUAGUGAUAAGGCCUUUGUUUGUGAUUAUUGUAAUAAGGCCUUCUAUAAUACCUCUUCUCUCAAAUUACAUAAACGGAUCCAUACAGGUGAGUCGCCCUAUGUAUGUGAUCAGUGUGGUAAGGCAUUUAAUUGGAAGUGUAAUCUUGAAAGACAUAUAAGAAUCCACACAGGUGAGAAACCCUAUGUAUGUGAUCGAUGUGGUUGGGCAUUUAAUGAAGAAACUUCUUUCCGUAGACAUAAACAAGGUCAUGCAAAUGAGAAGCGCUUUGUAUGUGUUCACUGUGGUAAGGCAUUUAAUCAAAUGCUAAAUCUAAGUAUACAUGAACGAAUCCAUACAGGUGAGAGAAAUUAUCUCUGUGAUCAAUGUGGUAAGACAUUUUAUAGAGCUAGUCAUCUCAAGGAACAUAAAAGAAUUCAUGAUUCUGACAAACCCUAUGUAUGUAUUCAUUGUGGUAAGGCAUUUAAUUAUGCUAGUGGUCUAAAAUUGCAUAAACGAAUCCAUACCGGUGAAAACCCUUAUGAAUGUGAUUUUUGUGAUAAAGCAUUUCGUAAAAGUAGCACUCUCAAAUGCCACAUUACAAGUAAGCACAAGUGAGAAGCCCAUUGCAUGUGAGUAGUGCGGUGAAGCUUUUUUUCAUCUUGGAAG